AUGGGCGAGGACUCUGAGAAGCUUGGAGAAGAGAAUAGAACCAUGCUGCAAGCAGCAGCAGCGCGCAGAAGGCAGGGAGAGGACGGCGAAGUGGAAAGAUCGCACGCCUCAAGGUAUCCGCUCGCGUGGAGUGCCUGCUCUUCGAGCAUCUGAUUAUGAUAUAGUGGAAUUCUGAUGGGCGAGGACUCUGAGAAGCCUGGAGAAGAGAAUAGAAGAAUGAUGGAAGCAGGAGAAGUGCGCAGAAGGCAGGGAGAGGACGUCGAAGAGGAAAGAUCGCACGCCUGUGGCUCUCAUCGCUUGGAGAGACUGCUCUUCGAGCAUCUGAUUAUGAUAUAG